UUAACAUGUCACUGGGUGGGGAGGGAGUCUUUUAAGUGAGGAUCGGAAUGCAGUUGUGCUCAGGAGUCCACAGCAGCUGCCUUAUCUGAAAGAGUGAGAUAGAGAGCGAGACAUGGAGUUAGAGAGAGCGACAGAGAGCGAGAGAGAGAGAGAGAGAGAGAGAGAGAGAGAGAGCACAAACACAAGCUCUUUGAAAAAGGGGUGGGGAAUCUGAGGCUGAAGUUCUCUUACUGUGCUGGAAACUCUGAGCUCACUGUGGAGGAGAGCACAUACUGGAGAGGAGACAGAGCACGAAAGGGAAAAGAAAAGGAACGAGAAAUACAUUGAAGAGUCAGAGAAAGCUAGUCAAACACCAGGAAAGGAAGGAGAAUAAAAGCUGCCCCAGGUGAAGAAAAGUUUUUUUUACUUAUCUGACGACAUGGGUGAAGACGGAGUUCAGGCAGAAAAGAGCAGCAUGGUCUCCCCCCACGAGACCCAGGAGCUGGUGGUGCCCAGCCCCAGCCCGGUGCACUCCUCUCCCUCCCAGAGCCAGAGCCUCACCCUGCUGACCACGGGCCAGGCCCAGGCUGAGGGGGCGCUGCACGACGGCUCGCAGGUCAGCGCCAUCACCGUGCUCACGCUGCUCGACAAGCUGGUCAACAUGCUGGACGUGGUACAGGAGAACCAGCACAAGAUGGAGCACCGACAGACCGAGAUGGACCACGCCAUCCGUGGCAUCCAGAGCGACAUGACCAAGCUCUCCAAGAGCCACUCCUCCACCUCCAACACCGUCAGCAAGCUGCUAGAGAAGUCGCGCAAGGUCAGUGUCCACAUGAAGGAAGUCAAGGACAAGAUGGACAAGCAGGCCACGCAGGUCAGGAAGCUGGAGGCCAACCACGCCCACCUGCUUAAGAGGAACAACUUCAAAGUGCUCAUCUUCCAGGAAGAAAACGAAAUCCCACCCAGCGCCUUCGUGAAGGACCCUGUCCCCUACCCGCGAGGGACGGAGGGCGAGGAGCCUGUGGACAGCAACAAGUCCCUCGAGGAGACGCUGCAGACGGUGAACCUGUCCUCGGACGAGGAGAUCUGCCCGGAUGAGGAGGAGGAGGGCAGCCUCCACGAGGAGAAGCUGGAGCAAUCCCGCGCCGAGAAGAUCAAGCGCUCCAGCCUGAAGAGGGUGGACAGCCUGAAGAAGGCCUUCUCGCGGCAGAACAUCGAGAAGAAGAUGAGCAAGAUCGGGACCAAGAUCGUGUCCCCUGAGAAGAGAGAGAAGAUCAAGAAGAGCCUCACCCCCAACCACCAGAAGACCAGCAGCUCCAAGAGCUCCUCCUUUAAGGUAACUCCUAUCACCUUCAACGUCAAGAAGAACAGGGAAGGAGAAACUUCCAUCACCCCCACAAUACCCACCACUGCCAGGGAGUCUCCAACAGCCAUGGCCUCCAUCGAGCUGGAGCCCCUCAGCAGCCCUGGGGAAGAUGUCUCCUUCUCGGAGGUCCACUCUGAGUUGUCCGCAGCCCUGGAUGAGGUGAAGGCCGCCGCGGAUUCCCUGCAGAAGGAGAUCAUGUUGGAGGAGAGCAGCGUGGCUGUGGGUGACAUGGAGACAGACCUCACCAUCGUGGAGUCACAGGAGGAUGAAGCUGAGAUCCUGGAGUACACCACAUCCUCCACCCUCAGACAGGAAGAUCCCCAGCCCUCGGCAGAGGAAACCUCUGGGGAGCCUGCCGUGCAGCCAGCUGUGCUCAACCUGGAUUAGACCUCCUAGUCAUCGUCACCCUGCGACUUCUGAAAGAAGGUGCUUUCAAUCCUCAGUGUGGUUCCUGGGGUGCUCUAAGCUUUCCUUGCCUCUUCCACCCUCACCAUCACACCCAAUCACAAGGUCCAUGAAAAAGGCCUGCUUUGAUCAAAUGUCAAGAUAGGUUUAUACUUCAUUCCUUGUAUGGCUCACCCAUUACCAAACAAUUGAUGUUCUAGUCUAGCUUUUAGAUUUCUGGUUCCAUGUAUGAUGUCUGUCUGUCUGCCUGUCUUAAUAACUUAAAUCACUCAGUCACCCUACAGUAUCUGAAUACAAUUAAAUAUCUAGUUAUAUAUCUGUAUAAUUAUCCAGCUAUUUUGUAUGUGUCUGUCUAUCUAUCUAUUUACGUAGUUUUCUUAUUUGGAUGAGAAUUGUGUGUAUUUCUUUCCUGGUCAUCGCAUGACUAUAGGAGGGUGCAGGGGAGGAGAGAUGGGCACAUUAGUAAGAGAAGGACACAGUAACUAUAAUAACUGUAUGCCAGUGUCUUCUAUCUCAUAUGCUUUCCUCCCACAGCCUCUGCCUGCAUUGCUGAUGGUUAGCGUGAACGGUGGAGGGCAAAUCACAAACGUAUCUGGGAGGUGAAGAAGACAUGAGCGAACUAAUGUUGUGCUGAUCAGUUCACAGCAUAGUUUGCAUUGAAACAUAUUCUAUAGCAUUCAGACUCAGUGUGUGAGCUCAGCAGCUAGUCGUAUCCACAUUGUCCUUUAGGUCUCUGGACUUUUAGUCAGCCUGGUAUUGUUUUCCCUCAUCGGUAGUGCAACUGUUUAGUGUUGAAUAGCUCCUUUCCUUGCUGGACAUUUUGAACAAUUGUCUUCCAGCAUAGGGGAACGUGAUUAAGAUUUAGAUAUCAAUUUGGAGUCCAAGUCACAGAAAUCCUUAGACAGGGACUUCAGCAAUCAGGAGACUAGUUCAUCAUGCAACUCAAUAUACUGUAUAUUCUUGAUCUACAUUUAUCAAAGGAACGCAAUGCCUCUAGCCUCACAACCUAGCCCGCCCACCCAAAUACUUUUAUGAUUUUCUGCCCAUCUGUUUCCAAUGGCUUUACUGUACAACUGUAAGUAUCUCUGCUUUCUCUGGGAGCACAAUAUAAAUGCCAUCUACAGCAUGUACUAUAUAAAUACACGCAGCUUGGAAGCAGCCCCGUCUCUCGGAGUCUGGGUUAUUAACAGGGAUAUGGGGGGGGGGGUUAUAAAUUGAGAAAAUAGAGAAAUAGAGACAAGAUUGUUUUCUACUGCUGUAAUUCUCCAAGUAUCUGCAUGCCUUUCUUUAGUACCCUCUUUAUAUUUUAUAUUUCCAAGUCACUGGGAUGUGAACCAGCAACCUUGGACUCAGAGCCCAGCACUGCAACAGCUGCUGUCUCUCUAUAGAGCACAUGCUGCCCUUAUAAAAGUGCAAUAAAGCACAGUGAAAGCAUGGCAAAGCCUAGGUAAGCAUUUUAAAUGGGUAAGGUAACACGUAUAAAAAUAAUAUGUCAAGCCAUAGUAAACUAUGGUAAACGUACUGUAUAGUAUAAACAAGAAACUAGGGGGUGGGCAAUAGUCCUCUGUACACAAGAGUAAUAGUGACACCUAAUGGCUAGUCCAGAUCCUCCUUCGAUGACUAGCCCUGCUGUUUUAGAAAGCAGUGUCCUACAGUACUACCACCUCCAACUCCUCAGCUAACCAUUGAUAUUACUGUGGUGGUGCCCACCCUCUCCCUUCUCUUGUCACUAACGACUUGCCACCAUGGGUUCUGUGUUAUUACUGGCAGUUCCCCAGAAGCAAACCCCAGACGAGUUCUGAUUCCUUUGCUUUGAUGCCUCUGUGGACUCUUUGGGGGAGCCUAUUUACAUUGCAGUGACUUCUAACUAAGGUGACCAUUACUGGCAGUAAAACCAAUAGUAAGGGGUCAAGUAUCGGGGUCCAGUCUUUAAACUGCAAGCUGUUUUUGUAGGUUCUAACAUCGACAUAGCAACAUAUGUAAGUGUGUUUUUAUCAUUAUUAUUAUUAUUAUUAUUAUUAUUAUUAUUAUUAUUAUUAUUAUUAUUAUUAUUAUUAACAGUUACUGCUGACACCAAAGUACUUGUUUCCAUGGUAAAUAACCAGAAUUUAUUCAUGUCAAAUGUGACGUAUGUUAGUCUUCUGUACUCUUUCUCUUUUUAUUCAAACACUUUUAAAAAGUAUAAAAUAAAGUUUUUUUGUGUAAAA